AUGGCUUCGCCUACAGCAGGAGCAAGUGAAGCUCCUCAGGGGGGACAAAGCCCUGGGGGAGCAAGUGAACAGCCUGUUCUGACAGGCGAAGUGGUGCUGAACCAGUUGGCAGCUGCCGUGGCGCAGCUGGCUCAGGCGACUACCUCGAGCGGCCAAAGCUCGAGCCAGUGGAAGGAGACGAAGUAUGUGAAGGCCCCGGACCUCUUCAAUCCGAAGUCUUUGGAAGAGGAGGCUGCUCAGUGGGGCGAUUGGUCGUUCCACUUCCAUAACUUCAUGACGAUUCAGGACUCAGGCUACCGUUCCGACUUUGAGAAGUGCGAGUCUGCCAGCAGCUUUGUCAACUUUGCUGAUUAUGCUGCUGAUGUGAAGGAGAGAGCUCUUCGACUCUACUCUGUGUUGGCGAGCUACCUCCGGGGUCGCCCGCUAAAGCUGCUUCGUGCAAACAAGAAUGGGGACGGCUAUGCAGUCUGGAGGCAGCUUUGUGAUGAACUACAACCACGCUCGCGCCCACGUGCCUUAGCUUUGGCGCAAGCGCUGUCGCGCUUCCCACCGCACAAGGAGGGCACUUCUCUCUUAGAGUACAUCUUGGGCUACGAACGGCUCAUUGCGGAGUACGAGGCUGUGGCGACGCAGAAGUAUCAGGAGGAUCUCAAGAUCUCUACGCUCCUUGCUGGCUUGCCUCAGGAGGUCAAGCGCUAUAUGUACCUUCAGGUCAACGACUCCACGACCUACUUGGGCUUGAGGGAGAAGCUGUUGCAGUACAAGCGGACGUCUUCUACGUGGACGGCAGAGAGCAUGCUGAAGUCCCUCGGCGGCGACUUCAUCACUGAUACUGACGCGAUGGAUGUGGACCGUGUUGCCGAUGCCAAAGGCAAGGGCAAGAAAGGCGAUAAAGGCUCGAAGGGCAAACCCGGUAAAGGCGACUACGGUAAGAAGGGCGAGUACGGCAAGAAGGGCAAUGAGAAAGGCUGGCACCGUGAUGGCGGCAAAGGCUAUGGCAAGGGCUCGGCGAAAGGUGGGAAAGGCAAGAAAGGAGAUCCUGGGAAGAAGGGCUCUCCUAAGGGCUCUUUGUCUUUGGUGGAGUGCUGGAAGUGUGGCAAGCGAGGACACUACGCAGCAGAGUGCCGAUCGAGAGUCAACCAGGUGAACCAGGAUGACGACGCAGCUUCGGUGCAGACGAGGGCAACGACCUCUUCCGCCACGACAGCAAGCACAGCCGCUCCUGCGGCAAAGGCGCAAGUUCGUCGAGUACAUAUGGUGGACCUCGAGCAGCUUGAUGAGGACCAGGUGCUCGGUGUUGAGUUUUUGGGCUCUGUGCGUAUGGUGCAAGAAGUUGACAGCGAAGUCGAAGACGAGCUUUCUUGCAGCAGUGUCCAGUGCUUCACCAUAGGCAGCGACAAUGAGAAUGAGUUUUCUUUUGAGCUUUGCAGUUCCCUGGACCUGAUAGCAGAUGAUAGCCACUAUCAGAUAGUGGUGAGCUUGAGGCUGAGAGUGCUUUCCAUGUUCGUGCUGUUGCUGCUGACUCCAAUUUGCAUGAACUCGUUUGCAGACGUCGGCCAACACAGUCGUGAGAGCUCGUUCCUGCUAGAUGCGCAGGGCAACAGGAUUCCCCAAGGCCAGGUCCGAACGUCUGUGAUUUUCGAGGUUGAGGGUACCGAUGGCGAGGUCAUUCAAUUUCGUGACAAGGCAGUGCUAGCUCAAGUUCGGCAGCCGUUGUUUUCCUUCGGAAAGUUGCUUCGCGAUCAGUGGUUGCGCGAGCUGAACCCUCAUCAGGGCUGGUGCCUCAGAAAGGACGAAAGAUCCUUCGGAGUGCACUGGAGCAAGAACUCUCUUGCUACUUACAUGAGGAUCCUGAGGGUCGAAGGAGAGUGCGCCAAGCCGGAUCACGAGCCGGCGCCUCCACAGGCACCCCUGGCUAUGGCCGUGAGGUUGGUGGUCGAGAUCUCUGAUGAUUUGGAGAUUCAUGCGCAGGCCCCAGGCUGGAGCUUGAAUUCUAGCAUGCAGCCAGUGCACAUGGGAACAAACAUGGAAACCACCUUUGAUGGCUCUGGACCAUACUUCUUUGCCGCGGUGAUCGCAAGUAUGAAGUCUUUGAGUGCUGUGAAGUUUGGGAAGAUCGUCUUGAGUUUGGUUUCGGUCUUGAGCUUGAUGAGCCAGCAGACGGAGCAGCUGGCGAACCUGAAGGAGAUGGCCGUGGAGGAGAGAUUAGUCGAGCUUCGACUUGGUUGCCGGUUUCUGGGCAUCUCGAAGAACGGCUCAAAGUCAGCGGUGUCGCAGCGCUUGAAGAAAGACGUAGCACACAGCAAGUUGCAGUUGGAGGUUGCAGCAUCGGAAGCCGUGAGGGCAGAGUUUUCCCGAGAUCCCAGAGUUCAGGCACUCCCCGUUCCUCCAAGUCCCGAGCUAGUGGCACUACAUGAAGUCACACACCUUCCUCGUGCUGAUUGGUGUGAAGCUUGCAUAGCCGCCCGGAGUCGUGAAGAUAAAAAUGAAGCAGCAGGCCCCAAACGUGAAUUCCCGGUGAUCUCUCUGGAUUUUAUAUUUGCGAAGACUGAUGGGGAAGAAGCACCUCUUGCCACUCACCUGGUGUGCGUGGACUCUCAAUCCAAGUACGUGGUAGCAGUUGCACUUGCUUCCAAAGGAGGCAAAAUCUUGAAACAUGCUGUGGAAGAGGUGGUUGGCAUGCUGACGGUUCUCGGCUAUGCCAAAGUGAUCCUAAGCAACGACACAGAACCGUCCAUGAAACAACUUGUGAACUCCAUUGUUGCUGUGCGUGCCAAGAACAACUUGGCGACAGAGCUCGCACCCGUCGGGCCGGACUCCUCUGUAUAUGGGUCACUUCGUUCUGAGCGUUAUCACCAGACCGUCCGCAACCUCGGCAAUUGCCUCCUGAAAACAAUAGAGCAACGGACAGGACACAAGGCCGAGACUUGGAGCCCGCUGCAUUCAUGGGCGUUUGUGCAUGCAGCCUUCCUGGUGACGAGGUUCCAUGUUCACCGGGAUGGAUAUACAUCCCAUGAGUUAGUUUAUGGACGGAAGUACGACCAGAAGCUUUGCCCGUUUGGCUCUGCGGUUUAUGCACAAUACCUUCCGAAAAACAAAAACAAGGGAGAAGUUUGGCGACAAGGUGUUUGGUUUGGCAGAGCGAGGAUCGGAAAUCUGUAUGGGAUCGGUGACAGUGCUGGCAUCCACUUUGCCAGAACCAUCCGGAGGCCCACAAAGGCCUACGAUGUGGAGCUUUUGAAGACCAUGCGGGGGACUCCUUACGAUUUCCUGCUGGAUGUGGUGCCUGUGCGCAAGAAGAAGAUGGACAAAGAUCGAUUGCCGAUCUUGGUGGAAGCUGCUCCUAGCCUUUUGUUUGCCGAGGAAGGUGGGAACGCUGGUUCGGGAGAUGAGGCUACGAGUGAUCCUGCCUCCUCUGAGGCCGGGGGCGUUGGAUCGAUGAGCGUGAGCUUGCCUGGUCAAUCUUCUGGGACGGACUCUUCCUCUUCUACGGUGCUUAUUCUUGAUGCUAUGGACGUUGAAGGCGGCGUCAACCAGGCCGCUGAGGAUGAAGACGGCGUUGUUAUUUCGGCUGAGGGGGGGCUCCCCGCAGGCCACUUCGAGGAGGAAGGCUUCCAUGGCGUUCCAGAAGAUUGGAGCGACAUCUUCGAGGAGACUUGGGAGAUCGAGGGUGUCUUGCAGGAGGCGGAAAGACGAAAGUACGAAGAAGGGCCUCCUGUGCUUGAUGCCGACGCUCUUGCGGCAUUGGACGCUGAGAUGGAUGAGGUAGAGAUCCAAAGGCUCUUGGGAAUGAAGGUCCUUGAAGAGAUUGGCCCCGAGGAGGACGUGAGUGAUAUGUAUCGCUUAGGCUGCAAGAACGUUCGAGAUUGGAGGUUUCGUAAUGAUUGGGUGCGGCGGUCACGUUUGGUUGCCAAGGAGUUUCGCUUUCUGCAGCCGUAUAUGGAGAACUUGUAUAGCCCGACUUCGCUGAGUUCUACACAGAGGUUGCUUGCAGGACUUUGUUCUUGUAAUCCCCAGCUUCGUUUAUACAGCGGUUACAUCAAGGAUGCAUACCUCACAGUGAAGCAGAGACGGAAAACCUACAUUGUCAGCAACAGUGGUCGCAUGUACAGGCUGCACUACAAUCUGCCCGGACAAAGGGCAGGUGCUCGAGACUGGCAUGAGAAGCUUAAGGCAGUGCUUGAAAGUGAUGGUCUUCGUGCUUUUGAAGGUGCCCCAGCCCUCUUCUAUGAGCCCCAGAUUUUGAUCGUUUCCACAUAUAUCGAUGACCUGCAAAUGCUAGGACUUGAUGCACGGGUACAGUGCCUGACCAAGAAGAUCGAUGAGGCAGAUCUUCAGUUCGGUGUUGAGGGGCCGUGCACGCCUUGGUCGGGUGAGUGUCGCUUCUUGAAGCGGAAGUUCAUGGGGGUCAACGGGAGCAUUAUUAUUGAGCAAGAUGGGAAACACGUCGAGAAGCUGAUCAACCUGGUCGGUGUCGAGAGAGAGUCUGGCAAGCAGACCCCAUGCCCCAUGAACCCCAACGAUUGGAAGUCCACGAAACCUCUAUCUUCCGAAAAGUCCCCUGCUUACCGCACGGCCAUAGGUAUUCUCCUCUACCUCGGCCCCGAUAGACCCGAAUGCCUCUACACGAUCAAGCUGCUCUCCGCGAAGACUUCCAACCCUACAGAACAUGAGUGGCAUCUCUUGCGACACCUCGUCAGAUAUCUCAAGCUGCAUCCCAAGCGUGGCAUUUCUUUGAGUGCAUGCAAUCCUGGCAAGACCGUUGAGCAGCGCUGGCUUGGGAAUCUUGGUUCUGAGCGAGGCCCGGAAGCUGAUGCUUCCAAAUCUUUUGAGAAUGGUCACCUCAUAGAGUCAAUCUCUGACGCCUCGUGGGAUGGCGAAGCCGACAGGCGUAGCAUCAACGCUUCAGUUAUAUUUUUAAACGGGAAUGCGGUGCACGUGGGCAACAAGAGGCAGAAGAGUCAUUCAUCGAUCGUAUUGGUCUGGGACGUUUGA